AUGGCGUUCAAUAGUGGUAUGAACACAAAUGACGGCAAUAGUGGAAAUAUGUGGAGUUCCGGAUCGCGUGGUGGCUCACAUGGAGGUUAUUCUCGUUCCAAUGACGACGAUGACAGCAAUGGUCCGAGAGGAGGUGGAUCAUAUGGUGGGUCAUUUGGAAAUAAUAACUCAAGACGAGGAGGUGGCAGUUAUGGAUUUCGUCGACAAAAUAAUGGUGGAGAAAUGGAAACACUUCGAGAUGCGAUUUUUAUUCAAAACUUACCAAAAGAUGUUACACGCGAUCAAAUCUAUGAUGCCUUUUCAAAAGUCGGUUCAAUUAAAACAGACGAUCGAUCGGGUGGCCCGAAAAUCUGGAUUUACAAAGAUCGGGAUACUGGUGAGGGCAAUGGCCGAGCUACCGUAACCUAUGAUGACGAAGAAACUGCUGAUCGAGCUAUCUCGGAAUUCAAUGAUCAACAUAUCGACUCACUUGGUGGAUCUGUACGUGUUCAGCUUGCUCAACGUCGUACACGCACCGAUAACAAUGAUCGCGGCGGUCGAGGCGGUUAUCGAGGUGGUCGUAGCAAUUGGGACAGUGGCUCACGGCCAGGUUUCAACUCCAACAAUACUGGUCGUUGGGGUAAUGCUGACGGAGGUAGCGGUGGACGAGGCUUUUCCGACAAUCGCCGCGGCGGCGGUGGCUUUCGUAGCCGUGAUGGUGGCGAUGGGGAUUCAUUCCGAGACAGCGAUGAUCGAGGUGGUUCAUAUCGUGGCGGUCGAGGUGGCCCAUAUCGUGGCGCUAGUCGUGGCAACGGAGGUUCAUCGAAUUAUGCACCGUAUUGA